AAGAAGAAGAGGAAGGGGGGCGAUUUCUCUUUCUCAAGAGUCCACAGCCCUUUUCGGAUGUGUAGACCUAUGUCUAUUCCGUUCAAAUUUUUUUGAUAUACAUUUCAUUUGGAAGACCCCCAUUUCUCCACAAAAUAAAACACAACAUGGAAUCGAAGAUGGAGUAACUCAAGACCCUAUUUACCUCCUUUGUUUUACCUCAAUUUAAUGGACCGGAUGAUUUCCAAGUCAAACUGUGAUUCCCACAGCUUUGCAGGGGAGGUAGCUGUAUCCAGUGAGGAGGGAGGCGUAUCCAAGGGUGAAUAUGAAGUUUGCCGAACCCUUGGAAAGCCAGAGGCUGUCUUUUCUUCUGGAAAAGGCCGCCUCUAGGGAAGCCCUGAUGUGGAAGGUGUACGUGCCCAAAAAGCCAUCUCCCGGCAGUCAGGAUACAGACAUCUCCCCUGCCCAGCGUGAUGAGGCUGUGUGCUGGCUCAUUGACCUGCACAAUGACACCAAGCUCUAUCCAGAGACCCUCUCCCUAGCCAUCAGUAUUUUGGACAGGUUUUUAGGCACUAUAAGGUUCCAUGCCAUGGUGCUGUCCUGCAAGCCACGGUUCAUGGUGGGUCUGGUGGGGUGUAACCCGUCGCAGCACCUGUCAGUGUUGACGCAGCAGCUGCACUACUGCCUGGCCGACAGCGCCCUGCUACAGCCCCUCUCCCGGGGAGUCAUGCUGGCGCUGGCCCUCAUCACGCUGGAGCUGGAGAAUAUCUGCCCUGACUGGCUGGCUCUCACGAUCAACCUGCUCAGGAAAGCACAGAUUGACAGUUCUCAGCUGAUCCGAUGUCGAGAGCUGGUGUCACGUCACCUGUCCACACAGGAAGCUUCCCUGCCUCCCAACACUGUGUACAUCUACCAGUCCCUACACCACAGUCUGGACCCGGACCCCUGCACCCGGGGAAGAGAGUCCAACACCACGCUCCCCUCCCCGGACACAGACCCACCGGCGCCAUUCACGGCCCCUAGGGACAGGAGCCUCUCCUGGGUCUCCUCUACCACCCUGCUCCAGGUCCAUGGACCAGCCAAACCCAACCACCACUCCCACCAAGUCUCCCUGCGCUGCAAGCAGUCAGCCAAGCGCAAGGUGGAGGAGAUGGAGGUCGACGAAUUCUACGAGGGGAUCAAACGACUCUACAACGAAGAGAACGGGGGCGCUCCGGAAGGGACGGCGCUAACGGGGGAGGAGCCUCUAGAGGAGAGUCCUGUCCUGUUGGUCAGGCGGGAUGGCCACACCUCCCCCUGCCCCCCUCUCCAACCCGUCGGUGUCUCAUAGAGAAGAAGAGGAUGAAACCAAGGCCUUCUCUUCCUCUCUACCUGAGCUGCAAGGAAAAUACGUCUCAGUAUUCAAUCUGUCAUGGCAUUUAUCCACCAACCCCAGGCCUCGAUUGAGCACAAAAAAAGUCACCAAAAAAAUAUGCUAUUUCAUAACUAUUUGUUGAGCACAAAUAUAAAAUGAUUAAAAAUAUAUAUAAUAUAAUGAUAUAGAUAAAGGAAUAAUCUUGUCCUUCAAAAAAGAGGUCAAAUUACUACUUCUCCCUGUGAGUCUCUGUGAUAAUAUUUCUCUAAUGUAAGGUCGUGUCAUCUUAUUUCUGUUGUUGACCCUAACUAAUCUUAAGUUUCAAUCAGUAUAUUUAUUUUCUUUACCUUCCUCUAUUUCCUGGAGAGAAAAAAAACGAAUUCUCAGCAUGUUGUCUUUAACCCCUCACAAAACAUGUCACUUUAGAGUUUGACUGUAAAAGCGUGUAGAACUAUGUUAACCUGAAGUACUGAAUGGUUGUUUCUAAGGGCUUAUUACGUUUUAAUAAUCUAAAUAUCCCCUUUCCAUAACUCUCCUGUCUUUGUCCCGUCACAGUGUGCUGUAGUAGUUUAACCAAAGAAUGAACGUUACAAGCUACUGUCAUUACUGAUGAUGCAUAAGUGAAUCAAUUUACCCAAUGAAGCAAUAUGUUUUAAGAUAAACAGCUUUGUUAAAAAGAGGGAUUUGUCCGAAGUGGCACCCUAUACCCUACAUAGUGCACUACUUUUUAUUAUAGGUCUAUGGGGGGGGGGAAUAGGGUGACAUUUCAGAUCCAAUCAAGAAGAGGGUUUGAAGAUGUAGCUACCAUAAUUCACCUUAUCUUUGCUGUUCAGAAACAACAUGCUGUUUUUUGUUUGUUAUUUGCCAAAAGGCUCUUGCUCUGGGGUGCUGGUAACUGCCGAUGUACUGCUGACAACUGGUAACUGCCGAUGUACUGCUGACAACUGGUAACUGCCGAUGUACUGCUGACAACUUGUGGCACCAAUAAAAACAAGUGAAAUAAUC